CUUAGCAGCAAAUGAUGGGUUUGAUUUUGCUGAUUUAUAUCAAUUUGUACAAACUUUUUAUCAAGAUAUUGGUAACACUAUUACGGGUAGUGAACCUUUUCAUGGAGAAAUACUUAACCCAGAUAAAACUCAUAUGUCUCUACCAGAUGACAUCUAUGAGCUACUAACAGAGUAUUACAAAAUUGCAUACAAUGGGAAUUUUGCAACAAUUGCUAAAGCAGUUUUUGUUAAAGAAAA